GAAAGAAGCCCUCGCAGCCUUUGCCUUCCAAGCAAAGAGUUGCCGCAAAGGAGUUUGCCAGGUGCCUUUUCGAAGUUGCCAAGGUCUGCCUGCAAACUCCAAAGAGGGCUCCCGGUUAGCAAAGUUAUACAUGGACGGUAGAUUUUGCUUUCGCUUUGCUUGGUUUUGCAAGGAGGUAGUUUGCUUAAGAGAAGAAGAAGAAAAAAAAUGCACUUCAAAGGGGAAAGGGGUUGUUGUAGGAUUGCAUAUAUAUUUUUGCUUGCAGGGUUUGUUUUCAAGUUGUUGUUGUUGUUGUUGUUGUUGUCGUCGUCGUUUUAAUGAUGCCUUUCAUGCAAAUAGUGACAAUACGUGUUAGCGGAUCUAAGAGGGCGGUCAUUCCCGUGGUCUCUGUGUCUGGGAUAAUCUGCUUAUCCUUUGACCAACAGGUUGAUGUGUUUUAAGAAAAGGGGGAGGGUUGACACUGGAAGUUAAAGACAUCUGCAUUCUCCCCUUCCUGAGUCCCCAGGAUUAUUCCUCUGAACGCUCCAUCUCGGGCAACGUGGCAACGUUGGUAAAACGGGAUCAUGAAUAGACACGUUUUGUAGGAAUCUAUUAUCCUUUCUCUCCUCUGUCCAAUGAUUUCCUCUUAAUCAAGGGGUGAGGGAGUUAAAAAAUGGAUAGUAAACCUGAUGGCAUCCAUCACUUUAACGUGUUCAUUUUCCUGCUUUUCUUGGAACCGUUUAACUGCUUUGCAAGCUACAGUCGGGCCAGUGAACUCUUCUACAGCAUCAAUGAAGGACUCCCCGCUGGGUUCCUCAUCGGGAAUCUAGCUCAGGAUUUACAGCUGGCAGAGGGAGAAGGAAAGGUGAGGAAGCAGGAGACCGAGCAAUGGGGGAAGAGUCCUCUUUCCUUCAGCUUUGCCUCCCAAGGACUGGGAAGCCAAUACAUCAACCUGGACAAUCAGACAGGUAUCCUGUGCACCUCAGCCCAGGAAAUUGACCGAGAAACACUCUGUUUGGAGGAUAAUGUUGGCUCCACCGUGGUUUCGUCUUCUUCUUCUUCUCCGCUUCCAUCCUCCGAGUCAUGCUUGCUCUUGCUAGAUGUUCUGGUGUUACCCCAGGAGUAUUUCCGUCUGGUCAAAGUGAAGAUCGCCAUCCAUGACAUCAAUGAUAACGCACCCUGGUUCCCUGUGCCGCAGAUACACCUCUCCGUGCCUGAAAAUUCACCCGUCAAUACCCGGUUAGCUAUAGAGCAUCCGGCUGUGGACCCGGACAUGGGAACCAAUGGGGUGCAGACAUACCAACUCCAAGAAAAUUACGGGGUUUUUACGUUGGACGUGGAGGAGAAUGAAAGUGGAGAGAGAACACCUUAUCUUAUUGUCAUGGGUACCCUGGACAGGGAGGCCACCGACCAAUAUGUCACUCUUAUAAUUGCAGAGGAUGGUGGCAUUCCACCACUGGUGGGUAGUGCCACACUCACCAUUGGCAUCAGUGACAUUAAUGACAACUGUCCCCAGUUCAAUGAGACUCAAAUCAGCGUCACCAUCUUUGGAAACUCUAGCAUUGGGUUGCACAUAGCUUCGGUCCAUGCUGUGGAUAUCGAUCACGGAAUCAAUGCUGAGAUAAGCUAUUCCUACAGCCAAAAAGUUUCUUUCCUGUCCCGCACCCUCUUCCGUCUUAACGAAAGUACGGGAGUGAUUAAGUUAUUCAAGAGGAUUAAUGGUGACACACCUCUUCUGCAUCGGCUGAGUGUCUUGGCCAACGGUCCCGGUUGCAUCCCGGCGGUGAUAACCGUGUUGGUAUCCAUCAUCAAAGUCACCAUGAGACCUCCUGAAGUCAUUCCUCGCUUUAUCGCUAACGAAGCAGAAGGGGUGGUUUAUUUGAGAGAGUUGGAACCCAUCCACACCCCCAUUGCUUUUUUUACCAUCAAGGACCCCGAUGAAAAAUAUAAAGUCGAUUGCUAUUUGGAGGGGGAUGGCCCUUUCCAAUUGACCCCUUAUCAACCCUAUCGCAAUGAGUAUCUUUUGGAGACUACCAAGGCCUUGGAUUAUGAGGUUCAGCAGUUGUACGAGGUCUCGGUGGUUGCGUGGAAUACCGAGGGGUUUCAUGUGAAUAAAAUCAUCAAAGUGCAGGUUCUGGAUGAUAAUGACAACUCUCCCGUUUUCUCUGAAGCCUUGGUAGAAUUAUCAAUAGAGGAAAACAAUGCCCCCCAUGCAUUUUUGGCCAAACUGCAUGCCACGGAUGCCGACAGUGGAGAAAGAGGCCAAGUGUCCUAUUUCCUUGGGCCCGAGGCGCCUUCCUAUUUUUCCUUAGACAAAGUUACUGGGAUCCUUACCGUUUCUACCCAGCUGGAUAGAGAGGAACGUGAGAAAUACCGCUACACCGUCCGAGCUGUGGAUUCUGGCCUGCCCCCGCGAGAAUCCAUCGCCACCGUGACCCUCUCUGUGUUGGAUAAAAAUGACAACAGCCCGAGAUUUAUCAACAAGGAUUUCAGUUUCUUCGUACCGGAGAAUUUCCCGGGCUUUGGUGAAAUUGGAGUUAUAAGUGUCACCGAUGCAGACAUUGGGCAAAACGGAUGGGUAGCCCUUUCUGUGGUCAACAGGAGUGAUAUUUUUGUGAUUGACACUGGCAAAGGUGUGUUGAGAGCCAAGGUCUCUCUCGACAGGGAACAGCAGAGCUCCUAUGUCUUGUGGGUUGAAGCAGUAGAUGGGGGUGACCCGCCUUUGUCCUCGACGGCUAAGAUCACCAUCCUCUUACUAGACAUCAAUGAUAAUCCCCCCUUGGUUUUGUUUCCCCAGUCUAACAUGUCUUACCUUCUAGUCCUUCCUUCCACGUUGCCCGGCUCUCCUAUCACUGAAGUCUAUGCCAUAGAUAACGACACCGGUAUGAAUGCCGUUAUUGCCUACAGCAUUAUCGGGAGGAGAGGUCCUCGGCCGGAGUCCUUCAAGAUCGACCCCAAAACAGGCAACAUCACCUUGGAAGAGUCGCUCAUGCAAAACGAUUACGGCCUGUAUCGCCUUCUGGUGAAAGUUAGCGACCACGGCUAUCCGGAACCUCUGCAUUCCACCGUCAUGGUCAACCUCUUCGUCAACGACACCGUGAGCAACGAGAGCUACAUCGAAAGCCUUCUGAGGAGAGAGUCCGAUAUCAAUAUUGAGGAGAAAGAACCCCAAAUUUCCAUAGAGCCCACCCACCGGAGAGCAGAGGCCGUGUCCUGCAUGCCUACUUUGGUGACCCUCUCCAUAAUAAGCUUGAGUUCCAUCAGCCUGGUGACAGGUAUGGGGAUUUAUAUUUGCCUAAGGAAGGGGAAAAAAUACCACAGAGGGGACGAGGGUUUGGAAGUUCAAAUCCCAUUAAAUGGGAGAAUUGACCUACAUCGGCUAGAGAAGAAACCGGUGGAAAUUUCCAAUAUCUGAUGCUUUUUCACAGACCCUAUAGACUCACACCAAAAAACAACAACAACAACAACAACAACAAUAACAGUGAUCUAUUUUCCUUCCCUAAACUCUGGAUUGGGUUUUCAACAGUGGGGUGUGAUUUAAGACUGCUGGUUUAUAACUUACUUGUAAACAGCUGUUUAUAGGUUUUUAAGAAAAAAAAAUGAAAGAAAAGAAAAAGAGAAAUUCAUUGUACAGAUGUUUUUUUUAAAAAAACAAACGAAAAGCUAGUGAACUGACUGUAUAGAUCUGUCACCUGCAUUUCUCGAUAAGUCAGUACGCAUAAAAUCAAAGGUAAGACAAUGACUUCCUUCAUUUAUUUUUUUUGACCACAAGGGGGCAUUAUUACCCAUUCUUACAAAUCGAAAACCGUCGAAGAGAAAAAUUAAAAAAGGUACAUUUUAAGAUGUAUUGUUGUCACACCUCGGCCACCCUCUGCUGGGAGAAAAGAAAGUAUGAGUUUGAAGCGUAAUGCAUACAUAUUCCAUUGUACACGUGUGAAAUCGUCAAGGGGGGAAAAAACUGCACGGGUAAAUCAGAGAAAGAGUUUUUGUUAGUUCAGUCAAACUUCCAUAGAAUUUCUUGGAAGCCCACCAUCAGAAAAUGAGCUUGUGUUGAGAAGAAGAGCCUUGGUGGCGCAGUGGACUAAGUGCUGUUAAAGUAGCACUUAGCUGCCAGCUGCCUGCAAUUACUGCAAGUUCGAAUCUCACCAGGCUCAAGGUUGACUCAGCCUUCCAUCCUUCUGAGGUAGGUAAAAUGAGGAGCCGGAUUGUGGGGGCAAUAAACUGAUUUUGUAUAAAAAAGAACACCGCUUGAGGGGGGGGAGCAAAAGCCCUACUAAGCAGGUAUAUACAAAACUAUGAAGGCUAUUGCUUAAUGCAUUGUAAGCCGCCCUGAGUCUCCGGAAAAGGGCGGCAUAUAAAUCGAACUAAUAAAUAAAUAAAUAAGUGAAAUGCUCACUUCUUUUGUCACUGCAGGCAACUAGUAAAAUUACUGUGGUGGCCGAUCCAUCAUCCCAAAAUGUUUUGAUCAAUAUUUCAUGGAAACAGUUGACAAAAAUGCUUCUAUCCAUAGGCACAUGGGACAGAGAAAGGGGUUGUGUUAGCUGAUCUCCACCCUAGCUGAAGUCCUUUUGUUAGCAUGUAGCAGCAUUAGCACUGAGACUUAUAUACCGCUUCACGGUGCUUUGCAGCCCUCUCUAAGAGGUUUACAGAGUCAGCAUAUUGCCCCCAACAAUCUGGGUUCUCAUUUUACCCACCUCGGAAGGCUGACUCAGCCUUGAGCUAGUCAGGAUCGAACUCCAGACAGUGGGCAGAGUUGGCCUGCAGUACUGCAUGCUAACCACUGCACCACCACGGCAAGGAAAGAAGGAAAGGAAGGAAGGAAGGAAGGAAUAGCACUUAGAUUUAUAUACUGUUUUACAGUGCUUUACAGCCCUCUCUAAGCGGUUUACAGAGUCAAUCUAUUGCCCCCAGCAAUCUGGAUCCUCAUUUUACCCACCUCAGGAGGACGGAAGGCUGAGUCAACCCUGAGCCUGGUGAGAAUCGAACUGCUGGCAAUCGGCAGUUCACCCAAAUUAAGCCUGAAAUACUGCAUUCUAAGCACUGCGCCACCACGGCUGUGUCGUUGAUGGACAACCCCUCUGAAAAGUUCUCUGUGCCUCGGGGUUGCUUUCGAAAGAGGCAUAAGUGUAUGUAGGGAUUGUGGUGCAGUGGCCUAGAGGUGGAGCUCUCGCCUCACGAUCAAGAGGCUAUGAGUUCGAUUCUAGGUAGAGACAGAUAUUUCUUUCUCUGGGCGCAAUGAGAAUAUAUCUGCUGGAAAAAAAAAAACUCUGCAUUGGCGACAAGAAGGGCAUCCGGCCAGUAAACACAGCUUAGUUGUCCAGACUCUACCCUGCAAGGGAUUAUGGGGUCCUUAAAAGGGGAUAAUAAGUGUAUGUAGGGAUUCUAUCCCCUGGGUAUUCCAAUAUGCAGUCAAUUUGUUCCUCCAUAUAUCUGCUGGUGGUUACACUACAUUCCAUGAGAUGGAAGAAUGUGUCGGGUUGCAGCCUAAAUGCUGUAUCACGAGGAAAGGGUGAAAGUCCAGUUGCAUUGAUGGAUGCCCAUUCCAUGAAAAUAGUGGAGGUUAAUAUAAAUCCAUGGAAAAGUUAUGCAAAAAUAUAUAUACGAGAAAAUUUGAAAGAAGGUUUUUUGGUUUGUUUUUGUUUUGUUCUGUUUUGUUUUGCAGAGACUUAUUUAUUAACUUUUUUAAAAAAAUUCUCUGGAAUUUGUGUGAAAGAUCAGCGUCUAAUUAUUGAUUUCUGGCUGCCAUCCUUUUUCAUUAAUUUAGCAUUCUGGAUUAUGCCCCAAAUCACACACACACACACCUUAAAACUGAUGCAAUAUUUCCCAGGCAUUUACUCACCUUUCCCCCUCUCUCUGCAGCAAAGAGGUUAUCAGCAAUGCACACCUUCAAUAUUGAUUUUAAAAAAAAGAAUUGGGGGGAAGGAAGGAAAAAGAAAAAAAAACCUUUUAUUGUGUCGUGAGCCUGCAUCAAUUUUAUCGGUAUGAAACAAGGCAUAAGGGUGUUGUUAUGCAUAAAAAUGGACACUUUUUUUCCCCUUGAGCUCUGACAAUAACGUCUGUACUGUACCAAAAGUGUUUAUAUGUCUGAAAAUUAAAAAAAAACCUCUCUAUUUUCAUAAUUUUCUAAAA